AUGCCGGCGACAGAAAAGGAAAUUGGUUCGCGAUGUGUAGACCUGGCAGAGAGCAUGAUUAUGAGUUCGUCAAAGCGACCGUCUAUCUCAAAAACACAAGCAUUGAUUCUCGUAAUUCGGUACAAAGUCUGGACAGGGUCUUACGAUGAUGCUUUCAUGCUCAUGGCUCAACUGACUCGAUCUGCCUUCGCACUUCGAAUUAACCAUGAGACAACCAAACCGCCCUAUUUCAUGCAGGAGUCACGGCGAAGACUCAUGUGGGCAAUAUACAUACUAGACUCUAUGAUCUCCUGUGGCAUCCAAGAGUACACGCUCUGUCCUAUUGGAUCAAUUCAUAUACGACUCCCCUGUCCUGAGGAUGAUUUUGAGUUAAAUAACGAAACUAACGUCGAAUACAUUCGACCUUACGGAACUUCUUCUGAACGCGUCGGCAUUAUCGGUCAUUAUAUACGCAUAAUAAACAUUCACGACGAAGUAAUACGAUACACAAGACGCGCCGCUCUUCCAACGGCUGAAUUUAGCGCCCUAGUGUCAGACUCGCAUAAUCUAGAGCACGAAUUAGAAAUAUUUUCAUCGAAUUUGCCUGACGGAGAAAGGUAUUCUCAGAAGAGUUUGGAGCUGCGAUCGUUUUCUCCUCGUCUCCCUCGAUUUAUAAUGACACACGUUUGGUGGCAUCAAGCCCAUUGUCAACUAUUUCGUGGAACACUCUCGACUUCGCACGUGUUCCCGGAAUCAUAUAUCAAUAAACUGGGCCCUGAAGCCCUUCACGAGAGCCGAAAAAAAUGUCUCCACCAUGCACAUUCAAUAUGCGCGAUAUUUGCCUCACUGCUUGCACUUGAGGGCGAUACGUGGACUCUCGAUUACGAGAUGGCUGAAUGCGCCUACACGGCAGCAGAAAUUUUACUAACAUCUGACAUUACUCUUCAGAAUCAACUUGGAUUUACCAGAAACCAAAUGACAGAAGGUGCUGCCGUUUGCUUACGAUUGAUGAAAAAUUUACAGCAAAUGUACCCAUAUCUAUCUACCAUGAUUGCUGACAUCGAGCAAGGUCUUCUCCGAAUACCUGAGAUCGUUCCGUUUGGGACUGAGAUAUCUCAAAUGAUAGAAAUCGCUCCAUACCAGCGUGUUCCAAGAUAUAGCGUUCUUGGCCAGACCUGCUCUAUACACGACGGCAAUCCCCUUGGAGUAUAUACGCAGUCUCCUAUAUCAAGAGCUUCGGAUGCAAACUUUUCCCCCUACAGCCAGGACUUGGCUCUCUCAUGA